AUGACCGGUGACCGCGGCGACGAAGGAGGGCGCGAUGGCAGGACACUGGAAUUGGGAUUAAAUUCAAAAAUAAAUGUGAAGAAGCUGAACAUGGAAGAUCUUCCUUCCAGUUUUAGAGGGCUUAAAGCUAUAGUAGUUGAUGGAAAACUUGUCAGAGCUGCUGUCACAGGAUACUAUUUGACGAGACUUGGUAUUCAAGCUAAAGUUGCAAACCACAUUAAAAAGGCUGUUUCGUUAUGUGAGAAGAAUGGUUCUUUAACUUCAGGAUUAUUUCAGCCUGAUAUUAUUUUCGUCGAGAAGGAUUCAUGGUUUUCGAGAGAGCAUGGAAUUUUCAAUAUCUGGCAACUAGAUUGGAAACAGAAUGGUUAUAUGUUGAAGAUACCUCGAAUGAUCCUUCUUGCAACCAAUAUUAGUAAUGCCGAAUUUAAUAAGUUUAGUUAUUUAUCUUGUCUUGAGUUUUUAUAUUUGAGGAUUAUUUAUUAUUUUGAUAAGUUUGUAAAUUUAUUAUCUGAUAUUUAA